UAGCUUCUGGAAGGGUAGAGCUCGUGCAUUGAAUGGCCGAUCUCUAGCGGUUCAAAACGUGUGGUACAGGCUGUGGCGGACACCUACCAAUUUGAGCAAGCAUGGGUCACGGCAACACGAAUGCGCUCUACGUGCGAGCGUCCGAGCACUCGGGUGCUCUGGGCCGACAUGGUGCUUCGAGCGGAUCGGCUGCCAAGAGUGCCGGAGGCGAUCCCGAAGCCGGAUUCAAGCCGCUGACUUACGAUAAUUGUGCCAUCAGCCUACAGCCUUGGAAGCACCCUGUGUGUUGCAAAGACGACGGUACGAUCUUCGAUCUAAUGAACGUCAUUCCUUACAUCAAGAAGUAUGGCACGAAUCCAGCAACGGGACAUCCGCUCAAUGCAUCGCAGCUGCUCACGUUGCAUUUCCACAAGAACGAGGAGGGCAAGUACUCCGAUCCCAUCUCUUACAAAGGCUUCAACGAGCAUACGCACAUUGUUGCGAUUGCCACGACGGGAAAUGUCUACGCAUACGAGACAGUGCAGCAGCUGAAUAUUAAGGGGAAGAACUGGCAUGAUCUGCUCGACGAAUCGACUGCUUUCAAGCGGGAAGAUAUCAUCACCCUCCAAGACCCUUACAACAUGGAAGGAAAGGACAUCAGGCAGUUCAACCACAUCAAGGAAGGCAAGGUACUCACUGCCGCCGAUCGUGGCGAAGUGGACAAAGAGGAGCUCAAAUUGAGCGCCACAGGAAGUACACAGAGCCUACUCAAGAUGGUCAGGGCGUCCCAAGGCAAAGGUGAAGGCAGCCAAACGAAAGUCCCCGGCGGUGCAACAGCAAAAGCAACCACAAUCCCAAUGCCCGCUGCCGAGAAAUCCUUGGAAGGUCAAGCACAACAGCAGAAGCAGCAACAGCAUGCGAAUGGAAAGUCGUACCUGCAGCAGUUAACAAGCACGGGCAUGAUGGCCGCUUCCUUCACUUCUUCCGCCAUCACCCCGCGAACAGUCAACGAGCGGACGACACUUAGCGAAGAAGAGUAUAUGUUCGAGCAUAUCAGUAAUGGCACCGGUGUCGGUGCACUUGAUUCGAAAGGAAAAAAGACUAAGGGCUACGUGCGGCUCACGACCAACUUUGGCCCGCUCAAUCUGCAGCUGCACGUGGAUAAGGCGCCAAAGACUUGCUACAAUUUUCUCACGCACUGCAAAAAUGGCUACUACGAUAACACGAUCUUCCACCGCAAUAUCCCAGGUUUCAUGAUCCAAGGCGGGGACCCGACCGGCACGGGGCGCGGUGGGGAAUCGAUCUGGGGCAAACCGUUCAGAGACGAAGUCGACAUCCCCGGCGCGUACAAGCACGCUUCGCGCGGCGUGCUGAGCAUGGCGAACAAAGGUGCGGGCACGAACGGCAGUCAAUUCUUCCUCACCUACCGCAAAACGCCGCAUCUGGACGGUAAGCACACCGUAUUCGGGUGCCUCAUUGAAGGCGAGAAUGACACAACGCUUGAUGCGCUGGAGCAAGUUCCCACCGAGCCAGCGACGAACCGGCCCCUGCGCAGCAUACGCAUUCUCGAUGCGGCCGUUUUCGAAGAUCCGUUUGAGAAGUUCAAGGAGAAGCUCGUCAAUAAGCUCAAGCGCGAAAACAUGACCGACGAGGAACGGCGAGCACGCGAGGAGCGGAAGCGCAAGAGGGAAGACGAUAGGACCACGUGGCUCGGCACCAAUCUCGAUGAGCGAACCAAGAACGACAUUGUAUCCUUAAGCUUCGCAGUCGGCGGCGUCGGCAAAUACGUCGGUGGCAGCACCCAAGGGGCGACAACUAGUGCCGCGAAGCAAAGUACUGCACCAUUGCAGUCCACUGGUCUUUCCUCGCAACUACCAGAGCCAGCUGAAAUGAAACGCAAAACGGCCGGCGGGGGCUUUGGGGACUUCUCAACAUGGUGACAGGCUGGUACAUUCGUGAGAUUCAAUGUAGCAUAGUGUAAUGUAUCCUAUUCACAUUUUUGUUGG